AUGUAAUAUAUCUAUCUAUUUAAAUAUUGCUCCAGAUUAUUUGUGGGUAUAUGCUGUGCUAUACAUGUGUAUAGACAUUUAAUUUUCGUUUACUGUACAAUAUGUGACAGAAUAAAGUUAAUUAUAAUAUUCAUUUAUAUUGUAUUUUCUUUGUAAUACAUUUUCAAUAACCUUGAUAAUUUGAUACACUAUAAGUUUUAGGAAAUGUGAUCGAAUAAAGAGUUUACGUCUCAACAAUAGUGAUGCCAGAACUAACUGUUACAUCUGAGAUAUAUGAUGAGUAUGAUUAUAGAACUAAAAUAACACCAAGCAAUGAAGGAAAUGUGAUAUCAGAAUUCCCAUUUUUACUACCUAAGAGUGGAAGCAGCGCAAGGUUCGAUGAGGAUGAAGACCUGGACGUUGAAAGGCCACAAAAAGAAGUUAUUAGAAUAGAGCACAGUGCUAAAACAAAGAUAGCACUAGUCGGUCUUCAAGUUUGGCGUGGAGCGUUUCUACUUGGUGACUGGCUAAUUCACCUCGGUUUAAAGGGAGAGCUGGCCAGUCAGAAUGUUCUGGAACUUGGCGCUGGUACUGGACUGACUAGUUUUGUUGCCGCCUUGUAUGCCAAAAAGGUUGUUUGUACAGACAUCGACCUCGGCGGAAUUUUUGAGCUUAUCAAACUGAACGCAAAGUACAACAAAAAGUUUAUAAAAUCCCAGUUUAAAGUACUGCCACUAGACUUCACCGAGACGUCUUGGAGUCCUCCAUUACUAGAUGAAAUAAAACAAGCAAACAUCAUUAUUGCGGCGGAUGUAAUAUACGACGAUGACGUAACAGCGGCAUUCGUGUCAACUAUCCAGAAGAUUCUGAACACGCAGCCGCCAAAGACUCUGUACAUAGUGCUAGAGAAGCGAUACGUGUUCACGAUAGAACACCUCGACUCCGUCGCCCCCUGCUACGAGACAUUCCUCACUCUUCUAGACAAAGUCAAGACAGAAAACCAACAUUCCACAUGGGAAAUAGAACAGCUACCUCUCGAUUUUCCAAAAUAUUUCACUUAUGACCGUGUCAAAGACCUAGUUUUAUGGAAAAUUACUUCUAAGCCAAUUUAAAUCUUAGCACAACUUAGCACAAUUAAAUAUCUAUUUUUGA